AUGAGUACCUUAGCAACUCGUCCUUUGACUCACUCUCUCCACUAUAGCCAAGAAGUACUGAAUAGAGUCUCUUUCUUGCGCAAAGACCCGCAAUUCUUGGAAGAUGCAUUGGCUCACAAUGAAACGCAAUUUGUUCCAUUCGACAACUACCUACCAUAUGUGAAUGAGCGCACCGGGUUUAUUUUGAAACUGAAAAAAGCUGAGGUUGCCAACCUUACGUCUCAAGGCUCAAUCUCCUCGAACCUUGUCUUCUUAGGGCUGCUUUUAUCUCAAAAGUCGGACUUCGUUUACAAAUCAAAGUAUAGAGGAACCCCAACAUUUGCGAUAGAUGUCUCCAUCCAGAGACUGUCCGAUAGUAGCCUACUGGACUCUUCCAAGCCUUACAAGAAGGUCGAGUCCUUUCGCGAUCUCAAUAAAUUGACGGUCGAAGAUUCCAGUAUUGUGUCGCAGGCUCGAAUGUACCUGCAAUGGCUCGACACACACAAGUUCUGUUCGUUGUGCGGCUCCAAGACAAAACCCGUCUACGCAGGAACGCAGCUCAAAUGCGACAACGACGAUUGCAAGUCCAAUAAAAGUGUUUCCAAUUCGUGCUUUCCCAGAACAGAUGCAGUAGUCAUCAGUGCCAUCACUAACAAAGACUAUUCCAAAAUACUCCUCUGUAGGUCUGGGAUGCCUAGAAACAAGGAGAGAAAGCUUUACAGUUGUGUAAGCGGGUUCGUGGAGCCAAGCGAGACUUUAGAGGUCGCUGUGGCUCGCGAAAUUUGGGAAGAAACGGGAUUGGAUACCCAAGAAGUCGAAAUUAUAGCAAGUCAGCCAUGGCCGUUCCCUAACAACUUAAUGAUCGGUUGUGUGGCCAUCGCAGAUGACACGCAAACACCGGAUCUAACACACGAUUGCGAACUGGAUGAAGUACGUUGGGUCCCAUGCUCUGCUCUUGAAAGAAUACUAAAGCUCGAGGACAGUGAAUCGGGAUUUAUUCAAGAUGAAUCCACAGGACUGAACCUUCCAAACGACAGAUCCAUCGCUCACAUGUUGAUGGGCUUUGUUGUCAAAAAGAGUGCUGAGUUGCGCAAAGGUCCUUAA